AUGUCGAGGAACGUUUCAUUACCUAGCACUAAUGAAUCUACUAAAAACAAACGGGUGGUAUCAUCACAAUUAAGAUUGGCUAAAGUUGAAAGUAUUGAGGCAAAUAAUUUAGCAUCAUCGUCAUCUCCUAAAUCAGAAGCAGAACUGCCCAAAACAAAACUCCCUAAGACUAAAGCCACAGCUAGAAACAACAAUGACGAAAGAACACAUAAAUCGUUUAAUGAUUUCAGUUUAGAUUUUAGCAAUACGUUUAAUUUGAUGGGUGAAGAAACACCCUCAUAUAUACCACGAGUGCCUACCCGACAACGAGAAGGUUCCAAGGACUUUGCAAAAACACAAAUUUCAAAAGAAGCCUUGAAAAAAGCAGGAGAGUUGACUUCUAUUUUUCUAGAUACUCGGAAACUACUAAAUGCCGAAUACAAUGUUAUUGAUCAAAAAGCAGAUCUAGCAGGCAAGACCAAUGGGAACAUUGCAUCAAAAAUAAAGAUUUCCCGUGGAACCCUAAUUAGAGCAGAGAAAGUGAAAACCACCCUUGCAGUUAAAUAUUUGUACAUUCAAAGAAUUUAUGAGUGGGCAGAAAGUCAUCAAGAUAAUAAUGAACAUCCGGGAGUUGAAGGAGUUUAUAAUCCGCUACAGAUUUUAAGAAAUCGAAAGUUGAGAAAUAAAUAUAAUGAGCAUCCCCAGACAAUAAUAUCCAUGCAAACCAUCCCAUUGGCUUGUAAUGUGUUCAGUAAACAUAAUGCACACAGCAGACAUGACAAUAGUGCUAUGCCUGGACACAGAAAAAAGCAUUGGAAAAUGAUGUGGGCCAUUGACUUGAAUGAGUUUGUGGGAGAUUCUCGUUGGCGAGUGAACCAUUGGCACGAACUUAGAGAUGCAAAGGGAAACUUAUGGUUCCUGAACCAUGUUCAAACUCCAGAAUAUUCCGAAAAAGAUAAAAGCAAAUUAUUUGUGUUACGAAAUCAUAAACAUCAUGAUAAACAUGGUGAGAUUGAAGUCUCACACAAGGCAACCGAAAAAGAAGAAGACGAAGAAGGUAUUUAUACUACAAUUGAACCCAGAAACCACAAUGGAUUACCUUCUAAUGAAGGUUCGAGUUCAGAUAGUGAUUUCCAUAAAUUUCGUAUUUCACGUUCAAAGUCACCUCAUAAACGAAAGAUAAGAAGCAAAAUGAAAAAGUUUUAUAUUGGAGGGCCAGGAUCCAAUAGUAAUGGGAAUGCUGGUGACUCUUCAAGUUCAUCUAACGUGGCUCAUGAAAUUGCUUCUCCUGCUGAUACAGCAAAGAGUGGAACUGUAACAGAUCCUUUGGCAAAACAAAUGUUCAAGAAACUUCCACCACUCACACGGGAAGAUGAGGAGCUUGAUUUACCGGCAUCAGAAGUUUCAUUGCCAAAAAUUAACAUUGAACCAACAAGUCCUGCUCCAAACAGUAAAGGUGCAUUUUUUGAAGACGAAGACAAGGAUGAUAUUAAACCUUCAGUUAAGGAAGUUGAGUUUUUACCCUUUGAGAAAAGAGAAAGUACAAGUUCACAUUCACAUAAUCGUUCCAGCUCUGACCCAGACGGAGUAAUUCUUGAAGAGGAAGAUGAUGAUAAUGAGACAACCAAUCAUGAUAAAAUUGAAGAAGAAGUAGACCAAGUAAAAUGUGCUGCAAUUUUUGACGAACGAGAAGUAGAGUUUCAGAAUAUCGUUGCAAAUUUGGAAUAUUUCCAUCAGUUCAUGAACUUGCGAACUAAUUAUUUAACAAUGGAAUAUCCUCGAUAUUUGGAGCUUGUGGAUCAGAAAGUUCAGCACAUUACAAAAGAGUUAGUUUACGAGAUUUUAUUACGCAUGUCUCAAAUAAAUGAUGAACAUCUACCUGGUUAUGAACAAUUAUACCUUGGAUUCAUGGAAGAGAUAAAAUCAGUCAUUCAUUUGGUGAAUGAUGUGUACUCAAUGAAGAUUGAUACGUUGUUAAGCUCCAGUGACAGGUCUAUUUCGGAAAUUAAUGCUUCUUUGUCUCUUGAUUUGAGAAAGAUUACUGAGAAAUUAGAUCAAUUGGAUUUUUCAUUGAAUAAGAACAUAUUUAAGAAGGCUAUACUGAAAAGAAGAGGUGAACAAUCCCACAAUGUUGGUUUGAUCUACAAAAUUUUGUAUUCGUGUCUUGAGAACUUUAUUGUUGUGUUGUUGAGAUUAAUAUGGAUUGUGGUUAAUAUUUAUAAGAUUUUGAGAUAUAUUGUGAAAUUAAUUUUUGGAAUACUAAAAUUUAUAGUUUGGUAG